AUGUUUCUUCCAUUCUUUUUUCUCUCACUAACUCUCUCUGCUAUUCCUCUCACUCACUCUCUUCCAUUCCUCUCUCUCUCAUUGAUUCAUUCUCUCUGCCGUUCCUCUCUCUCGCUCACUCACUCUCUCUGCCAUUCAUCUCUCUCACUCACUCACUCUCUGCCAUUCCUCACUCACUCACCCUCUACUGUUCCUCUCUCUAUUGCUCUCUGCAGCUCCUCUCUCUCACUCUCUGCAUUUUCUUUCUCUCUCUCUCUCUCUCUCACUCUCUGCGUUUUCUUUCUCUCUCUCUGCGUUUCCUUUCUCUCUCUCUCUCCGUUUCCUUUCUCUCUCUCUCUGCGUUUCCUUUCUCUCUCUCUCUGCGUUUCCUUUCUCUCUCUCUCUCUCUGCGUUUCCUUUCUCUCUCUCUCUCUCUGCGUUUCCUUUCUCUCUCUCUCUCUCUGCGUUUCCUUUCUCUCUCUCUCUCUCUGCGUUUCCUGUCUCUCUCUCUCUCUCUGCGUUUCCUUUCUCUCUCUCUCUCUCUACAUCCCUCUCUCUCUCUCUGCGUUUCCUUUCUCUCUCUCUGCGUUUCCUUUCUCUCUCUCUCUGCGUUUCCUUUCUCUCUCUCUCUCUCUCUGCGUUUCCUUUCUCUCUCUCUCUCUCUCUGCAUUUCCUUUCUCUCUCUCUCUCUCUGCAUUUCCUUUCUCUCUCUCUCUCUCUGCAUUUCCUUUCUCUCUCUCUCUCUCUGCAUUUCCUUUCUCUCUCUCUCUCUCUCUGCGUUUCCUUUCUCUCUCUCUCUCUCUCUCUCUGCGUUUCCUUUCUCUCUCUCUCCCACUCUCUACCUUUCCUCACUCUCUACCUUUCCUCACUCUCUACCUUUCCCCACUCUCUACCUUUCCUCACUCUCUACCUUUCCUCACUCUCUACCUUUCCUCACUCUCUCCCUUUCCUCACCUUUCCUCAGUCUCUACUUUUCCUCACUCUCUACCUUUCCUCACUCUCUCCCACUCUCAACUGUUCCUCUUUCUCUGCAGUUGUUCUCUUUCUCUCUCUCUCUCUGCAAUUCCUUUUCUCUAUCUCUCUCUGCUUUUUUUCUUUGUACAUUUUAGACCUAUCUCUCUUUUUGAUCCCAUUUCACUCUCUUACACUUUUACUUUCUUCUUAUCUUUUCUUCAUACUUUUGUUAGCAUUCUUUCUUUCCUUUGUUUUUUUUUUUCUCCCUUAUGCUUUCUACUUCCUCCACAUCUUCGACUUUUUUACCAGUUUUCUUUUUAUUAUAUCUAUUUCAGCACCCCUCCCUCUUCUCUUUUAUUUUUCUCUCUUUGGCUUCCUACUUUCUCCACCUCCCACACUUUAAUCACUAUUUUUCUUUUCGUGAUAUCUUUUUUUUUCACUUCCCUCUCUUUAUUUCCUUUUCUACUUUUCACACUUAUAUACACCUACAUUUAUUUUCCCCAUUUUGUCUUAGAGUUUUCUUUAAGCCAUUUCUCAUCUCAGAUUUUUACUCAGUUUAACUCUACCCAUGCAUUAUCCUUCAAGACUCUCAUUCCCAAAACAAGCUUCACCAGUCCAAAAAAAAAAAAAUGUAAAGAUUGGGGAGAAGCAGAACCCAUGCAGGGAUUCAUGACUUCCAUUGCGGCUGAUUUGGGCAAGGUCGUUGAGUGA